AUGGCUUCGUCUGACUCUUCUCGUGUUGGAGUUGAACCUACGGCAUCUGAUGAUCAUCAUACAACAUCUCCUGCACAUAAUCCACAUCUCGAUUCUGGUAUUUGCGGCCCGUCUGGUACCAAUGUCAACCCUAUUUCUGCUGUUGGCCCGUCUGAUAUCAAUACCUUACCUGCUGCAAACCCAGUUACCUUACCUGCUGCAAACCCAAUUGCAAGUCGACACACCCUUCAUGGGUUUGAAAUACAAACGUUGGAUUCAAUGUUUACUUCAUCAGGCAAUGUAGGCUCUGAUACUGCUAAUUUACUCGAUCAAUCGUUAUCAGUUGACACCACUUCUACUGGUAACACCACAUCUACCGGUACAGCACCUACAAGCACAGAUCAUCAAAACUUGCAAUUCAUCCGGUUUGAAACUAAAGGAACAAUUACAACUGCCAUACAUGCUACACCUAAUGGCACCCCGUAUUGGAUACCCCAAGUUGACGCUAGAUACCUUCCUGUUGUACCCAGUACAUUUACUCACUGGGAAGAUAUUGUCAUGAUGUACAACACAGAAGGUCAACCACGGGUCCCAGAAACUGACCCCAAUGCUCCAUCCAAAAAUGCUCCAACCAUAUACGAUAAAUCCAAGAAACAACUCGGGCGAAGCCGAUUCACAGUCUCCGGGUGUCGUGCGCGUAUCAAAGUGAGAUAUGAUCGUGCUACCGAACAAUACACAAUAUAUGGUUUCAUUGCCGGGCACAAUCAUUGCAUGAUUAGUAGCGAUCAUGCCAACAUGUUAAAACAAAACAGAAAACUUGGAUUUGAGGAGCAACAGUUCAUCCACAAAGUUAGUCUUAACAAAAUCGGCCCAACUGUUGCACAUAACAUUCAAGCAUCACUUAAAGGUGGACCUCAAAAUGUUCGUGGCACGACAGAAGAUUUCAAAAAUUGCUCUCGAGACAUACGUGCAUUCAUCGGUGAACGCGAUGCUGAUAUCCUCUUACAUACCAUGAGGUCUCGAGUUACCAAUCUUAAUGAUUUCUAUUUUGAUUGUGUCAUAGUUGACAAUGAGUUGCGAUCUUUCUUUUGGGCUGAUUUCGUAUCACUGCGAAACUACGAGGCUUUUGGUGAUGUGUGUGCAUUCGACGCUACAUAUGACACCAACAAAUAUAAAAUGAUUUUUGUGCCAUUCACCGGAGUUGAUCAUCACAAAAAAUGUGUUAUCUUUGGCGCCGGCAUGUUAUAUGACGAGACUAUAGAGUCGUAUACAUGGCUACUAAACACCUUUCUGGCUGCACAUAAGAAACAACCAAUUUUUGUUCUCACUGACCAAGACGCGUCAAUGAAACAAGCUGUAUCAACUGUUUUCACAACUUCUAUCCAUCGUUUGUGCAUGUGGCACAUAAUGAGAAAACUUCCGUCCAAGAUUUCAAACGACAUCCUUGAUAAUACCACUCUUCGUUCGUCAAUACAUAAGCUUGUGUGGAAUCUAUUCAUCACGCCACAAACAUUCGAAGAACGAUGGCAUGUGUUAAUGGAUGAGUAUCACCUUGACAAUCAUCCGUGGCUUUGUGAGAUUAUCGAUGCUCAACGGCACACACAACGAGAUCUUGAAUUUAAAAGCGACAUGUCGACCCCUCGCUUGUCUACAGGUCUUCGCAUAGAGGCACACGCGUCCGAAACAUAUACAUGGUCCAUGUUUCUUGAAGUUCGAAAAGAAAUAUACAUGGGAAUGUUCCAUUGCAUGCCGAUUGAACGUCCUGGGACGACGGACGUAAAAAAUUACACUGUUCGUCACUGUAAAUCAAACAUGUCUUAUGUCAACGAAUUCGAGGUGUCGCUCAAUGUACCUGAACAAACAGUAAGUUGUACAUGUCUUGGGUUCACUCGUAUUGGAUACCUAUGUCGACAUGUAUUCUGUAUAUUCCGUUACCACCAAGUUGAACGGAUACCGUCCCACUACAUCAUUUCACGUUGGAAACGAGACGCACUCCCGUCAGCUGUUCAUAGCGUAUCUAACAUAUACUCAUCUAACAACAGUGAGUUUGCUGUCAUCCACAACGAAAUAAUGGAUUUAGUCACUCAAUGCACGAACCGACUCAGACGCAAUCCUGAUCAGCUACGUUCAUUGUCUUCCGAGAUCAAACGCAUCAGAAACCGCGUAUUUGAACCGUUCCCGUGUGAGCCUCAGCCUCGUUCCGUUCAAAAAACUGCAAACAUCAGUGACAUCUUAAACAUACCUUCAAAUCUAAGCACAAGUGUCCAUCCUCCGCAAGGUAUUAGAAACAAAGGUUGUGGGACCAAAAAACAACGGAUCGGUCCCGGUGGUCAAAACAUUAAAGAUAAACGGAAGAAGGCCGGUAAACGACAAAAAGCCGCCCGCUUAUGCAACAAAUGCAACAAGUACGUGUUUGACCACGAUUCUCGAAACUGCGAGAAAAUCAAAGCUGCCAAACUUGCUGCACAAGCAGCUAAACGUGCCGCUGCUAUUGCCGCUGGACUACCCGCCUCGUCUUCGUCUGAUUCCGAUUCCGACGGUACUCGUGUUGAUCUCGACGACACCGACGAUGACACCAAUGAUGAUAUCGAUGAUUAUGAGUCUUCUGACUACGAUGCAUCUGAACACCCUGUCUCCAUGCAAAACCCCCCGUAG